AUGAGAGGUGUAAAUAAGUUUACACCAAAUUAUCCAUCACCGUUAGCAUUAUCACAACAACAAAUAGCUCCACCCAAGAUACGACAGCAUGAACCAGAACCAAACAACAACAAUAUACCGCCGGAUUUGUUCAAUCUAUUAACGACAUUCCCAUUGUUUAAGAAAGCGCCAAAGUCAUUCCAUACCAAAAUCUCGACUCAACUCAAACUCAUGCAGUACCAUCCACAAGCAUUUAUUAUAAAAAAGGGAGAUCCCAGUUACUCAAUGUAUUGGAUACUAAAGGGAACCGUCGGGAUCACAUCUACUGAUGGUGAAUCAGUGUAUGCUGAGUUAAGUUCCGGCAGUUUCUUUGGAGAAAUCGGAAUAUUGUAUAACAGACCAAGGACAGCAACUGUAAUUGCUAGAACCAAAGUGCUUGUCGGGGUGUUAACUGCAGAUGCCUUAAACUUAGUUCUUCGUGACUAUCCUUUGAUUGAAAGAAGAAUUAGGGAAGAAGCACAAGAAAGAUUAUCAAUGCAAGACAAGAAGGAUAGAGAACAACAUAUACAUAGCAAUUUACGAGUGGUAACGCCCAAAGAUAAUUCACUGAUGUUAGCCGUACAGGCUAGUGCCGUGCCUGGCCCACAAAUCCCUCCUGGUGCAACAAGUGUAUAUGACGAAGACAUUUCUAUUCAAGAGUUCAUAAAGACCUUGCCAUUAUUCCAAAAUCUUCCCCAACAUAUAGUCCAUCAACUAGCAUUACAUGUUGAACCCAUGGUUGUUAAUUCUUUCGAAUAUAUUUUAAACCAAGGUGACGAUGAAAACUGCAACAUAUACUUUAUAGUUAGCGGAGAGGUUGAAGUGUUAUACAGAGGAGUACAAGAAAGUAUUGAAUUCCCCUUGGCUAGAUUAAAUGCUGGGAACUAUUUUGGUGAAAUGUCCUUUUUGAAACAUUUACAAGGUGUAUCAUCCUCAAAGAGGACAGCAAGUGUUAGAUCAAUUAUAAAAUGUGAACUAAUGAUUGUUAAAUCCGAAUUUUUGAUUAAAUUAUCCAAGAAAUACCCUAAUAUAGUUGAAGAUAUGAAAAAAUUGGCUGAAGAAAGAGCCAAGUCCAACGAAACACCGGUUGAAUCUCAAGAUAGUUUGUUUAGACCUAAUUGGAACUUUACAAGACUGGUUUCACCUAUUUCAAGAUCACCUUCACCCGAUUUAAGACGUGGAUCUACUGCCACUGCCGUCACCGUUGCCACAUCAAUUGAUGAGCCUAUUCCAAAAAAGAGAAAACUUCUGGAAACUCCUACACCUACAUCAUUAAAUAAUUUCCAAAGUUUCCAUGCUGUGCCCAAGCAGAUUCCAUAUAUACCCAUGCAAAAGCGUAUUCACCUUGCUAGAAGAAGGAAAUCGUCCGUCUUGGCAUCUAAUGAACCAUUACCUGAUAAAAUUUUAUUAAAGGUAUUUGGAUACUUACCACUUCCCACAUUAAUGAAACUUAGAAUUGUUUCGCAAAAAUGGAGAUACUUAUUACUGACAUUUGAUUAUCCGGUUCUUGAUUUGACGCCUUGGAAUACUUCCAUCACUGAUGACGUAUUAUGUACAAUUAUCGACUUUGUCAAAACAAGACCAAAUGUCAUUGACAUAUCCAACUGUUUUCACAUUACUGAUGAAGGAUUCUCGUACAUGAUUAAUGAAAUAGGUAUGGGUGGGAAGAUUACUACGAUUAGAAUGAAAUCUAACUGGGAAAUCAGUGGCAUGGCAAUCAUGGAUUUGAGUGUUCCUAGUGUUGGACAACAUUUACAGGAACUUGAUUUGAGUAAUUGCCGUAAAGUAAGAGAUAAUGUAAUUGAGCGGUUAUUAGGGUGGGAAGAGCCGGAUGAAGAAGUUGGGUGUAAAAAUUUGAAAAUAUUGAACCUUGGAUAUUGUAAACACUUAACUGAUGCCACUAUGAAUCAUAUUGCUCAACAAGCACACGAGAGGCUUGAAAGCUUGGAUUUAACAAGAUGUACCACAAUCACCGACCUUGGCUUUGAAUACUGGCAGUAUAAACCAUUUCCUAAUCUUAAAAAGCUUUCACUUAAAGAUUGUACCUACCUUUCUGACAAAGCCAUAUAUGCGAUUGUCAAUCUGGCCAAGAAUUUAGAGAUCUUGAACUUAAACUUCUGUUGCAACUUAACUGAUAUCUCAAUUGAAAUACUAAGCAUCGGUUGCCCUAAUUUACGUGAAUUGGAUUGUUCGUUCUGUGGUCUGGCCAUCAGUGAUUCAAGUUUAGUCACCAUAUCCAUGAAUUUACAAAAAUUAGAGAAGUUGGUAUUGAAAGGAUGCGUAAGAGUUACCCGAGCCGGUAUAGACGCGUUAUUAAGUGGAAUAUCCCCUUUGAGUUACCUUGAUAUCAGUCAAUGUAAGAAUGCACAUAUUUAUCCUGGAAAUUAUCCCGCUCAACCAUUGAAAAUUAAUCCACAUACCAAAACAGCAUUUGUGACUGCGGGACCUUAUAGAAAUAUUAUCGAAAUAGUAGUAUAA